GCUUACCUGUCGGCAUGGCGGAGCAAAGGCCGAGGUUACCAUCAGUGCACUCUCGAUGCAUGCAAACUAUUGCUGUAUGUCGACUUUAACGCUCGUAGACAAGGUUAAGAUUUUAAGUGAGUGAUGAUGUCAUGGACUUUGCAGCCUUCUUGCUGUUCAACAUUGUACUGAUAUCCAUCAGAAGAUGCCAGGCCAAGCAAAGGAGUGAUGAAGAACUGGUGAAAGAAAUCACGUCUGGGGCAUACGACAAACUAGAACGUCCAAAUACAGGCCAGCUCGAUGCUGAAGUCGUCGUUAGCCUUCGUAUCGAGAUUCGUGCCCUCCAGGAAGUUGACGAAAGGAACCAGGAGAUUGCUUUGGACGUCUGCUUCCGAUCAACCUGGUACGACAAUCGCCUACGGUUCCCAUUUGAUGAACUGAAAGAUGAGGUGUCAGUGCAGAAGGAAAACUACAGCAAUAUUUGGUAUCCGGGUAUAUUCUUCCCUUCGGCAACCUCUGUACAGAAUAGCCAUACCAAAGACACAUAUCUGAAAAUAAAUGCAAAUGGAAAAGUGUGGUUACAGGAGAGGAUACAACUGACUCUAAGAUGCAAUUUUAACUACACAUCAUUUCCAUUUGACAAACAAGAGUGUCAAAUCAAGGCACAGCCGUUUCUUUACACAGUAAACAAAGUCUUGUUGGCUCCUCUUGCCGACCCAGAAGCAUUUGAAGUACGACGACAUUCUGAUGACGGCCACAAAAAAUUCAACAUAACCGAAUUAGCAGUUCGACCAUGUUCUGCAAAUUUUUCAUCCGUUGACCGCCACUGUCUUGCAUUCCACAUGAGGUUCAAGCGUAUACUCUCCCAGUGCAUCUUAUAUAGCUUCAUCCCUCCUGGGCUGCUCACCGUACUAGGCUACAUGACAUUCUUUCUGAGUCACCCCGUAUCUAACAUCAGGGCCUUACUACUGACUAUCAUCGCACUCCUUGUCUGUGUCCAUUCCGCUGGCGUCUACCUCAGUUUGGACAUACCUGAUCUUCCAUACUUAACUGCAUUCGAUGUAUGGCUAGCAAUAUGCAUUGUGUUGAUUUCACUUGCAUUCGGAACGUUUUUCAUUGUUGGAAGGCUGUGUGCUAAACCACAUGGGUUGGAACUCCCGAUGGAUACUAAACGUGUGCGGUGUGGACUAAUGUUGGACUUUGUCUUGCGAAUUAUCUACCCUUUCCUCACGACUGCUGCAUUUUUAGGUUAUUUCUUCAUGUUUAUUCAUAUGACAUGAAACAUCCAGAUCUAAACGCUGUUCCCUCUUAUCGAACUCUUGAAUUAGAUAUAACACUUACCCUUUAUUAACGUCCUUGCAUGAGGAACAAAAAGACUAUAAAACGAAUCAUAUGGCCGAAUCAUUACUCCAUUUUUACAAUAAAUUGUAAAUGACUAUCAAUAUUGUAAAUGGUAGGUAAUAUUUUCAGCACUAUACCUGAUUAUGGAUGUAUCUGGCAAUGUUACAUUGAUCAUUGGGUUACAACAAUGCAGUCACUAAAUAAUUGGUGGAUAUGUAACCAGAGGGAGAAGCAACCUGUAUUAUAGUAUAAAACAUUGAUCCAAAAAGGAAUUAGCUAGAGAUUAUCUGGUGAGAAGUCAGCUAACGUUCUUGCCUUCUCUUAUAUUUGAACCACGCUUACAUCAAUUAACAACAACCGUGCUCAACCUCAACCAACCACAGCUGGGAGAUGAUGCACCUUCUUCCAUGUAUAUCGGAUCCUGAAGAUAGAAUUCAUUGAGUAUUCGAAUGUUCUAGCAUGGCAUCACUUUACUCUUUUUCUCCCUCUUGACGAAAGUUUAACACAAUGUGAAGUAAAACCAACGAAUGUGUCUCAAUGUGAAUUACGCCAGCGAUUGCAGCUGUACAGCAAAAUACCCACCACCCUCGAUAUGUGGUAGCGCGCAGUCUCCCGAAGGCCUCGUCACCAGAAAAGGCUCCUUCUGCAUGUUCAAGUGAAAAAUAAUCACCAUCGAUAUAAACUUAUUAACCGAUAUUGUGGCUAUGCCUCUUAUGGGAAAAUGGGGUUAACAACGAUUGCUGUCGUCGAUUUGACGCAUUCCAGUACCGUGGGCCCCAGGGAUUUUGUAAUUUAACCGUUUAAUUGAGAUCGUUAUAGUAGCAUCAAAGUAGCUCGCUUGGUUGUUAAGCUGCAGGAAGGCAACUCACCAAAGAUGCAUCGUACAUGAUACCAUGUAGAUUGUGGUCCGUAGGAUUCAUCCAGUGAUUAAUAUCUUGAGCAAAACCUAGGGUCCCCACAAAAUAAUAAUCUAUGUCGUUUUUUAUUUCACGUUUUCACGAACGGAUGCAUUACAGUGUAGAUGACAACCUCAGGGGUCCAUAUCAUUCCUAUAAAAGUACUAAGAAAAAACGUUUUUUAAUACCAGCCGUACUGUUACAUUCUUGU